GUGGGUCGGCCCGAUUGAAAUUUAGGUAAUACUAGUACUAUAUAACGAGGUCUUAACGCCUAUUUCAAAGCCCUAAUUCCGUAACAGGGGCUGCGCGUUUCAAAGUAGCAGUAUCACAUCUGCGGCCUCCACUGCGCUUCAUUGAAGAUGAAGUUCAACAUUGCAAACCCGACGACUGGAUGCCAGAAGAAGCUCGAGAUUGAUGACGACCUGAAGCUUCGGGCAUUCUGGGAUAAGAGGAUCUCGCAGGAGGUCAAUGGGGAAGCAAUGGGUGAUGAGUUUAAGGGGUAUGUGUUCAAGAUUAUGGGAGGUUGUGACAAACAAGGUUUCCCCAUGAAGCAGGGAGUUUUGACUCCUGGUCGUGUCAGGCUUCUGUUGCAUAGAGGAACUCCUUGCUUCCGUGGUUAUGGAAGGAGAAAUGGAGAGCGUCGAAGGAAGUCUGUUCGUGGUUGCAUUGUGAGCCCCGAUCUCUCAGUUUUGAACUUGGUGAUAGUCAAAAAGGGUGAUAACGAACUUCCUGGACUCACUGAUACUGAGAAGCCAAGGAUGAGGGGUCCCAAGAGGGCUUCAAAGAUCCGCAAGCUAUUUAACCUUAACAAGGAGGAUGAUGUGAGGAAGUAUGUCAACACUUACCGCCGAACUUUCACUACCAAAGCAGGCAAGAAAGUGAGCAAAGCUCCCAAGAUUCAGAGACUCGUUACUCCCUUAACAUUGCAGAGAAAGAGGGCUAGAAUUGCUGACAAGAAGAAGAGGAUCUCCAAGGCCAAGUCAGAGGCUGCCGAGUACCAGAAGCUUCUUGCAACCCGUUUGAAGGAACAGAGGGAGAAGAGAAGCGAGAGUCUGGCCAAGAAGCGGUCAAGACUCUCUGCUGCAUCAAAACCAUCACUUGCCGCUUAAGUUCUGAUUCUGCACAUGUUGCAGGACCGAUCUGAGUUGAGAUAAUUUUGAAUGAAUGUUCUUGGAUCUGUUCUUUACCUAUUUUGUUUUUGGAAAGAUUUUGAUAUGCUAGUAUUUUCUUUGAAUUACAUCAGCAGCUUAUCAUUAAUAUACAUUUUAAAGUACAUUUUGAUCAA